GAAUUUAGGGCUCAAAACUAAUCACAAGUUUUGAACGUCCAUUCUCUCUCUCUCUCUCUCUCUCUCUCUCUCUCUCACGUACACACAAGCGCGGUGGUGCUAGCGACGAUGCUCUCAGGGGAUAUUCCGCCUAAUCAAACUAUAUACAUAAAGAAUCUCAACGAGAAGGUCAAGAAAGAAGAGUUGAAGAGAUCUCUUUAUGCCCUGUUCUCGCAAUAUGGUAGAAUUUUGGACCUUGUUGCCUUGAAAACAGCCAAGCUUCGUGGACAGGCAUGGGUUGCUUUUAGUGAAGUGACAGCUGCGAGUAAUGCAGUUCGACAGAUGCAGAACUUUCCAUUUUACGAUAAACCUAUGCGUAUACAAUAUGCCAAAACAAAGACGGAUUGUGUUGCUAAAGAAGAUGGAACCUAUGUGCCAAGAGAUAAGAAAAAGAAGCAAGAGGAAAAAGCUGAGAGGAGGAGACGUUCUGAACAAGCGCAUCAAUCCGCUACUGCCAAUGGUACAAGAGCUGAGAGUAAUGGUGGCCCUACUGCUAACUUUGGGAAACCAGGUGCACACGAAGCUACUGCAGCUCCAAAUAACAUACUUUUUAUACAGAAUUUGCCCUAUGAGACGACAACUACGAUGCUUCAAUUGCUCUUCACACAGUAUCCCGGUUUCAAGGAAGUUCGAAUGAUCGAAGCAAAACCAGGUAUCGCCUUUGUAGAGUUUGACGAUGAUGUGCAGUCCUCUGUUGCCAUGCAGGCCCUUCAGGGUUUCAAAAUCACUGCUCAGAAUGCCAUGGCUAUUGCUUUUGCCAAGAAGUAACUAUGCUAAGCAUCAUGUGAGUGUUGAUUGGAUUUUGAAAGAUAAAAUACUCAUUCCCAUGGCCAUGACAAGGUGAGGAAUCGAUUAUGUCAAUGUCACAUUAGACUCCAUUUUGACAAUUUUAUUGAAGCUUUCCAUUUUUCUGUUUUGCUUUGACAGUCAAAA